AUGGCAAGCAGCAGCAGCAACAGCAGCAGCGUGGAUGUGGCGAGUGUGGAGGUCGGGUCUUUGGUCUGGGUCCGUCAUGGUGACGGUGGGUGGGCACUUUGCAAGGUGGCGGCUACCGAGCCUGAGACUGCCAUUGUCUCGGGUACCAUUGCUGACAACCACCUGAGCCCUAUCGAGGGUGCACCUGUGCUGGAGGCUGCAGGUACUCCUGGCGAGGCCAUUCAGGCAUGUGCCAACAAACCCAACUCGGUCACGGUCACCUCGUUUCCCUUUGAUUCGGCUGCUCGCGGCGUGCCGGACAUGAUGACCAUCUCGGCUCUCUCCGAGCCUGACAUUGUGGCCAAUCUCUAUCGCCGCUUCUGUGCCAAGGAGGUGUACACCUACACCGGCUCGGUUCUCACCGCCAUGAACCCGUGCGAGGCGCUGCCGGAUCUCUACGCCGACCUGGAUGCCGUCGACGACGACGUCCCGCACGUCUACGCCGUUGCCCGCAAGGUCUACCGCGCCGCUGUCGACACCCUCACGCCGCAGAGCUUCAUCAUCACCGGCGAGUCAGGGGCAGGCAAGACCCGGACGACCGGCUACAUCCUCCGGUAUCUCACCCACAUCUCGUCGCAGGCUCCCGAUGCCGUCGCGCCAGCUAAAGCCGGCGACGACCUCACCACCCGUGUCCUCGCCGCCUCCCCCAUCCUCGAGACUUUCGGCAACGCAGCCACGACCCGCAACGCAAACUCGUCGCGGUUCGGUAAGUUUAUCCAGAUCGAGUUUACUUCCGGCGGCGCCCUCGCCUCGGCUUCCUUUGUCAUCUACCUCCUCGAAAAGUCGCGCAUCAUCUCGCAGUCGCCGCGCGAGCGCAACUACCACAUCUUCUACCAGCUGCUCGGCGGCGCGCCGCCAGCGCUGCGCGAGGCCUGCGCCCUCCGCGACACCGUCACCGACUACGCCUACAUCAAUCCCGAGCGAGUCGCUCUCGAAGGCGUCGAUGACGCCGCAGACUUUGCCGAGCUCGUUUCGUGCCUCACCUCGGUCGGCCUUGACGACGCCGCCCAGACGACCAUCUUUCAGGUCGUCGCCGCCGUCCUCGAGCUCGGUAACGUCCGCCUCGUUGAGCGCGGUGACGCCGUCGAGGUCGAAACGCCCGAGCUGGUCGAGACCAUCGCUAAGUUCCUCGGCAUCGAUGCUGGUUUCCUUUCGCAGCUCCUGACCCAGCGUACCGUCGCUGCCCGUGGACGAGCCUCGGUCUACAUCAAGCCCCUCACUCUGCCUGAAGCCGUCGCUGUCCGCGACACUUGUGCCAAGACCAUAUACCAGGCCAUCUUUGAGUUUCUGGUCAAGCAGGUCAACGUCUCGCUCGCGCCUGGCGGCCCUGGCCAGGCAGCCGCACCCGGCGCGUCCGACGCGUCCAGCGCUGACACCAAGCCGGCCAUUGGCCUGCUCGACAUCUUUGGCUUUGAAGUCUUUGAGCGCAACUCGUACGAACAGCUGCUCAUCAACUUUGUCAACGAGAAGCUCCAGCAGCUCUUUGUGGCACACACCUUUAAGCUCCAGCUCGAUGAGUAUGCGCAGCAGGGCCUCGCUGUCGAGAACAUUGCCUUUGUCGACAAUCAGGCGUGCCUCGACCUUAUCGAGAAGAAGAACUUUGGCAUUCUCUCGAUGCUCACCGACGAGUGCAAGGUGCCAAACGGCUCGGACGAUAACUUGCUCACCCGCAUGCACGCCGCCUUUGGCCAGAUGCCCAAUCCGACGCCGCACUACUCGUUUGAGCGCCGUCAGGAACGGCUCGGCUUCUCGGUCGACCACUACGCCGGCCGGGUUGCCUACGCCAUUGACGGCUUUCUCAACAAGAACAAGGACUCGCCGGUCGAGGCCUUUAACGAACUCGUCACCAUGUCGUCGAUCCCGCUCGUGGCUAAGCUCUUCAAGCCGCCGCCAGCCGAGCCCGAGGCUGCAGGCACCGACGCUGAGAUGGCCAAUGCGGCUGCAACCCUGAUGCGCAAGCGCGGCGGGCGACGCGGCCGUGGUGGUGGCGGUAGCGGCGGCUCGCAGAAGAAGAAGGCUGGCAUUGCCGAGCAGUUUAUCCGCUCGCUCAACUCGCUGAUGACCACGCUCAAUGCAUCGACCCCACACUUUGUCCGCUGUCUCAAGCCGAACAACUUGCUCUCAAAGGACUCGUUUGACUCGGCCACGGUCGUCCGCCAGGUCCGCUGUCUUGGCAUGCUCGACACCAUCGAGAUGCGCCGUCGCGCCUACCCAGUCUGGAUUCCGUUUGAGGAGUUUACGGCCCGCUACGCUGUGCUCGGAAACAAGGACGCAACCGCCGACGCCGACUCGUGUCGCGCCAUCCUUGCGGCUACCGUGCCGGUCGAUGACGCUUCUGGCUCGCAUGCGCAGUGGCAAGUCGGCAAGACCAAGGUCUUCCUUCGCGACGGCGUCUCCAACGUCCUCGACGCCGCCCGCGCAGAGGCUCUCCGCGAAACCGUCAUCACCAUGCAGUGCUCGGUCCGGGUCUUUCUCGCCAAACAGCGGGUUGCCUGGCUCCGCAAGCGGCUGUGGGCCACCAUUCGGGUCCAGACUGCCUUUCGCGCCUGUCUCGCCCGCAUUCGCGUCGCCCGCAUGAAGCGCGAGCGUGCUGCCGCCAUCGUCAUCCAGUCUGCUGCCCGCGCAUCAGCUGCCCGCGCCGCCCUUGCCGCCGCCCGCGCCGCCCACCUCGCCCGUCUCGAGGCCGCCCGUCUCGAGCGCGCCGCGGCUGAGGCUGCCCGUCUCGCAGCUGAGGCCGAGGCUAGGCGCAAGGCCGAAGCCGAGGCAAAGGCAAAGGCCGAAGCCGAGGCAAAGGCAAAGGCCGAAGCCGAGGCAAAGGCAAAGGCCAAGGCCGACGCAAAGGCCAAGGCCGACGCAAAGGCCAAGGCCGACGCAAAGGCAAAGGCCGACGCAAAGGCAAAGGCAAAGGCCGACGCCGAGGCAAAGGCAAAGGCCGAAGCCGAGGCAAAGGCAAAGGCCAACGCCGAAGCAAAGGCCAAGGCCAACGCCGACGCAAAGGCCAAUGCGCCGGCAAAGCCGGCAGCUGCGCCGGUGAUGGCCGCCGGCACCAAGAUCUCGUUUGACACGUCGUCGGACGGUUCGUCGUCCAGCUCGUACUCGAGCUCGUCCGGCUCGUCGACCAACUCGUCGGACGCGGCUGACAUUGGUGCGGGAGCGUCGGACGGGGCGCCGAUCAACGCGGCUGCGGCUAAGUUGGCAAAGCGCAACAAGCGAGCGUCGAAGCGGAUCUCCAUGCACGACCUCUCGCAGGCGAUGUUCAACUUUGACGCCAGCUCGCCUCCACCCGAGGGACGCGAUAAGAGCCUGGAGCAUCCGACCAAGGAUCGCCCGAAGCGAACGCAGGCCCAGCGAGCUCGGCCAUCCGAAAGCCAGGACGGCGCGGCAGGGUCGGCAGCAGCCAACUCCGAUUUCGUGCCGCCGCCGCCGCCGCGUCGGUCGGCGUCUUCGCGGACCGGCGGGUCCAACGCCGAUCUCACUAGUCCGCCGGCCGCAAGGCAUGCCGGUGAGGACGAUCCGGAGGUCCAUCGCGAGUGGCGUGAGGCGCGCAGCGUCGACGACAUGAUUCAGUGGCUCAUCGACGUCAAUCUCUCGGUCUACUCGACGAUUUUCCGCGAGAACAACAUUGACGGCAAGGCCGCAGAUCAGUUUGUAACAACAGGUCAGCUGGCACGGCUCGGGAUCACCGACGAGAAGCACCAGAGGUUCUUGCUUGUCCACAUUCCGCGGGUGGUGCCGGAGACCAAGCCCGAGUCGUUUGUGGCCGAGGCAGGGACAGGGCUGACAGCGCGCGAAGAGGUGGAGUCGGCGCUUUCGGGCUUUGGCACUCUCAUGAGCCGCGAGCAGUACGCCACGCUCUCACCCAAGGAGCGGCGCGAGGUGCAGCAGCGUUUCAAGAAGCAGCAAAAGGACCUUGAGCGUGAGCGGCGCAAGCUGAUGAAGACGAUGAACCUGCCUGCGGCCAGCGCCAUUGCCAACCCAUCGAUGAAGGGCAACCUCAUCAAGCGCGGCGACCUCAAGACCUCCAAGUGGUCCAAGCGCUACUGCGUGGUCUCGGACCACCACUUUUACUACUACAAGUCGGCCGAUGCCGAGCGGCCCGAGGGCUUUGUCCUCCUCACUGGCUGCCAGUUUGGCGUGAUCGAAAAGAACGACCCGAUGCUGCAGUGGUGCAUCUGCAUCUACCACCGCGAUCAAGGCACUAAGAUCCUUGCCUGCGCUAACCGCGGUGAGCGUGACGCGUGGGUCGCCGGCCUGCAAGCCGAAGCCAUCUCGGUCGGCAGACCGGCGGCGUCCAGCAAGGCGCCGCCGCCGCCGCCGCCGUCGGCCCCGCGCCCGGCUCUGACCGGAACGCUCCGCCGCGGAGCUCGGCUCUCGGUCGCGCCACCAGCCCGCCGCAAGAGCUCGUCGGCCGGUGUGCAGAUCUCUGGCGGAUUCCGCCAUGCCCAGCUCGUCGGCAUGGGCAAGGAGCUGAAAGACGGCCAGUCGGCGCGGGCAAAGGCAACUAAGAAACGGCUCAAGUCGAUGGUUGUGUUCAAGGCAACGGACGUGCCGGAGCCGUCGAUGGUCGGCGUUGUCUCCAAGCGCGACGACACCAAAGAGUCCAAGUGGGCCGAUGUCUUCAUCUCCGCCUCUAAGGGCACGCUUUGGGUGUACAAGAAGAUGAACGACUCCAAGCCGGUCUCGUUCUUUCAGCUCCAAGGCGCGUCAGUCGAUCCGUUUACCCUCGACUCGGCUCGCCCGCACUCGUUUGUCGUUGCUCAUCCGCAGCGCGGCUUUCAGCUGUUCUCGGUCCCGGAUGCCGAUGCACUCGGCCACUGGGUCGCGGCGCUGCGCGGCGAGGCCGGAAAGCCCGAGGGCGAGGCUGACGGUAGCAGCAGCAGCGGCAGCAGCAGCAGCUAGCUCAGAGGAUGCCACAGCGUUGUUCACGGCGCUCCACGCCCGAGAUACACGUGCCCGCCGGCCGAAGACCACGCCGAGCUGUAGUCGCCGGUACCCGCGCCCUUCUUGCCACUCACCGACCCGUAGUCGGCGAUGGGCGACCUCAAUUUGGAGUAAACACCUGGUGAGAGUGGAA